AUGCAGAUCACCCUAUCCUACGCAGCUGCUGGUAUCUUCGCCCUCUUGAGUACUAACAUCGAAGGUGUCGAUGCACGCAUGGCCCUCAACACUCGGAAACACAGUGAGGUUAAUCACUACCAACGUAGAUCAACCUCUAAGCGCGCUCCGUCGACUAUGCGAACCAGGGCCACCUCUGACUACAUCUCUGGUGGUCCAGAGCCCACCGCUCGCGAUACUUCCCAGUCUCAACCUGGAGACGACUCCCCUGUGGCCGGCCUUGCUCGUACUAGUACGGCCACUUCACCUAACCGCCAAUCUUCAUACUCUUACCAAUGGGACCAACCAUUCCAAAUGAAUGGCCUUCAAACUCCUGCGCCGCCAUCAGGUGUCUCGCCUGGCGUCACUGGACUUCCCCUUCUUGGUGGCGGGCUGGGUGGUGUUGGUCAACCUUCUGGACUGACAGGCGCUUUGCCCCUUGGACAGGGAGGACUUGGAGGCAUUGGAAACAACCCAUCACCUUUGGGAGUUGGUCGUCUUGCAAAUGCUCUCCCAAUUGGAGGCAGCGACAUGGGUUACACCUCACCGUUGGGAGGCGCCUUGCCCUCGUCACUCCGCAACAUUCAAAGCCCCGGUGAUCUCUUGGGAUUAUCAAGCUUAACAUCACCACUCAUGCACAUGGCUGGAUCGCCUGCUAACCUGCCCUCGACAUCUCGCGCCGAAGUCCCAUUACCUCAACAAAUCGACGGCAAUGGAUUUGUCAACGCCAACAAGAUCGACGGCGUGCUUCAUCGCAUCAAGCACGACAUCGAAAACAAACGCAUUGUUUCUCAUUCCGAGCAACCCACCAAUGCCCCGUCUUCUAACAUUCCCCAGACUACUGGAACUCAAGUCACCCCGCAGUUCGAGCAAGCUUCCAGCCCUAUGCAAGCUUUACCCCCUCCUGUUCGGAGUGCUUCAUCUCCUGUCUUCAAGAGCCAACCUGAAGGCUACCUAUCCCCAAAUCAGCAGCUUGCGCCAUUUGUUACUCCGGUUGCCGCUCGACCCCUUGCUCCAUCAAACGAUUCAUCUGAGCAACCACAAGCACCGGCGCAACUCAUGGUAUCACAACCACCUCAAGAAAAGGCCACUCCAAUUACUCAAAGUCAAUCAGGCGGGUCUUCGGGACAACCGGUAGCGCCAGAUGUCACUCCUGUCGCUACUCGACCUGUCGCUCCGUCCAAUUCUGAACAACCGCAAGUAACAGCUCAACCUACGGCAGCGCAACCACCGCAGAAACAGAUCACUUCUCCUAUUUCUAAGAAGCAACCAGAGCAGUACAUCUCGCCGGAUCAACAGCUUUCACCUGUUACUACCCCGAUCGCUGCUCGACCUCUUGUUACAUCAAACAACUCACCUGAACAACCUCAAGCAAUGCCCCAACCGACAGUAGAACAACCAGUUCAAAAACAGAUGGCUUCUUCUCCUCCUCACAAUCAGCUAUCCGGAUAUCUUUCCCCGGAACAUGUUGUCACCCCAGUGGCUGCUAGACCUCUCGUCCAAUCGAACACACCUGAACAGGCUCAAGCGACGGCCACUUCUGCUCCUGUGGCACCCGCUCAACCAGUCGAAGCGCCAUCAACAAACGCAUCAGCAGUACCCACUUCGAAAGCUUCUUUCGUUGCACCUGAGCAAAACGCAUCAAAUUCUCCUUUAGUCAAUAAGAAUGCCGAUAGCUCAGAAAAGACACCCGAGAACCGAGACUUCCCAGUCAGCCAGUCUACAGGCCGUAUCAACGUCCCAGCACCUCCCGCUUACAUUGGUAGUCAACCGGCAACUUCUCCUACCACAGCUCCUCAACAAGAAAACCCUGUUCCCUCAAUGAUCGCAUCCCCUGCUAGAGCAGUACAAGGUACGACUGCCGGAUCUGCACCAGCUGGUUCUCACACGGAUUCCUACUACUGA